AGUUUUUCAAUUAAAACUUUGAUUUUCUAUUCUAGUACUAUGACCACCGCUAGAAUUCUUGUUGACUCUGGAAUAAAUAUAUACAAUUGUAUAAAUAUCCCUUUUGUUAUUAAACUAGCCAAAAAGUUUGGCCUGAAAAUUAUUCCAUUAAAAAUACCCAGCAGUGUCGCAGGAUAUAACAGAAAAGAAACUAGCAGAUUAAUAUAUAUUAUUUACUUGAAUCUUAUAGUAGAUAAAUAA